GCACCAACCAAGGUCUUCUACGCCUCCACCAACCCCCUGGGAGAACUUUCUAUCGUCUCUUCUUCAUCCUUGUCCAUUUCAGGCGUUGAUUUCCUUUACUUUUAGCCUUUGUUCCGUGGGAUCGAGUCGUGAUUAUGGAUACCUUCUUCCUGUCGCACGGAUCUCCGACGCUGUCCAUCGACGAGAGCUUGCCGGCGAGGCCGUUCCUGAGGUCGUGGCAGUCCAAGGUGCUGCAGGCCGUCCCCAGGGCCAUCCUCGUCGUCUCCGGCCACUGGGAGACGGCCGUUCCGACGGUGAACGUCAUCAACGGCACCAACAAGACCAUCUACGACUUCUAUGGCUUCCCCAAGCCCAUGUACCAGCUCAAGUAUCCUGCACCAGGAGCACCAAAUUUAGCAAAGAGAGUGAAAGAGCUGCUGGAACAAGCUGGUUUUGGCCGUGUAAAGGAGGACAAGACCCGUGGCCUUGACCAUGGUGCUUGGGUUCCGCUCAUGCUCAUGUACCCAGAGGCUAACAUCCCUGUCUGUCAGCUCUCUGUUCAGACAGACAGGGAUGGAACUUACCACUAUAACAUGGGGAAAGCAUUGGCCCCUCUCAGAGAUGAGGGGAUCCUUAUAGUUGGUUCAGGGAAUGCUACACAUAACUUGAGGACAAUGGGACCUGAUGGUGGACCCAUAGCCAAGUGGGCCCUGGACUUCGACACAUGGCUUAAGGAUUCACUCCUAGAUGGAAGAUAUGAUGAUGUGAACCACUACGAGGAGAAGUCGCCUAGUGGAAAGAUGGCACACCCUUGGCCAGAUCACUUCUACCCUUUACAUGUAGCUAUGGGCGCUGCAGGUGAGAAGGCCAGGGCUGAAUUAAUCCAUCAUAGCUGGACCAAUUGCACAAUCUCAUACGCGUCUUAUCGAUUUACAACUUAAGUAUAAUGUUUAGCAGCACAAAUGUAUUGUACCUAUCUUGUUAUGUUCAAGUUGGUCAUGGUUACUAGUUUCAAUUGGCUGCACCUCGUAAUUCUAUGUUUAAUCAGUUCAAUUGAGGUUCUAAACAUUUCCUUUUCAUGUAUGUUUCGCUUCAUGUAUGACUUUCUGAUACAUUCGUGAUGGAGUUUGUGUAUACUGUAUAGAAUAAAUUCAUCCCAUUAGCUAGGGCCAGCUUGGUCUUUUGUUGCUAUUUCGGAUGAUUAAUAU